AUGUCUCAUCAUGAUUCCAGCUGCCCCUCAUGCGGCAAAAUCUUCAAAGACCACACUUCCAUUGCUCGUCAUAUGAGCCAGCCUUGGUCUGGAUGCAACACAUGGUUAGAGGAUAUGAUCAACCCCAUUUUGUUUGGUGAAGAUCAUAACAUGGACUCUGUGGACGAUGAGGACAUCACUGGACUUCCUCAUAAUAUCGACUCUUUUCUAUCACUUGAAAUGAUCAAGGAUUUACCCUUGUCAUUCCGCUCCGCCAGAGAACUACAUGGUCGAGCUGAGAUGCUGCCCAGCGGUCCAUGCUGGAAGUCUCAAGUCAUUCAUACAUCACAUCCUACAAAGUUGCCAGUAAUUCUGUACUGGCAUGACCCUAUUGAAUAUCUCACACCUCACAAGAUUCACUCUACUGUAGAGAGACUAUGUCGUGUAUACACUAGAUGGAUAUCAGGAAAUGACGCAUGGGAUAUGCAGUUGGUGAUACCCAAGGGUGCAACCCUCCUUGACACCAUUCUCUCCUCUGACAAGACAAACAUCACUGCAUUAACGGGGGAUUGCAUAGCUCAUCCGCUCCUAAUUAGCCUCCCCAACAUCUAUGUGAAUUGCCUUAAUAUUGUUCUUGAGCUGCUCAAGCAAUCCGCUCAACAUGGUGUCAUGCUGUCUGAUCCUAUUGGAUGCAGUCGGUAUUGCUUCACUGCUCUCAUGAGCUAUAUUUCCAACACCCCUGAGGCCAUGAUGCUGGCAGCCGUUGGUGGAAAAAUGUCGCCAGUGACGAUGGCAAUGUAUAAGCAGUUCGGGGAUGUAUUCCAUCACGAACCCCGGACAAAAUCAACAACUAGUGCACAGCUUGCUGUUAAAUUCCGACUGAAUGGCAUCGACAAACCGUUCUGGUGGGACUAUGCACUAGCAGACCCCUCCCGGUUUCUUACACCAGAAUCACUCCAUCAUCUUCAUAAAGAAUUCUUUGACCAUGACACCCAAUGGCUCAUUUGCGCUGUUGGAGAUUCUGAAAUAGACUUCCGAUUCUCAGUGUUACAGCCCAUCACUGAAAUCCAAUGUUAUAUCAUCGCUAUCAGUGCAGAUGCAGCACCUCCUCAUGUCAUCGCUGCUGUACAUGCGCUCAUGCAGUUCUGGUAUCUCAUACAGUCACCACAUAUUGAUGAGGAAGAUCUUGGGCACAUCUCAGGUGCUCUAACUGAGUUCCACAUGAACAAGGAUGCAAUCCUUGCUGCUGGAGCUCGUCAGGGGAAGGGCAAUAGAAACAUUGACAACUUUUAUAUCCCCAAGCUGGAGCUAAUGCAGAGUAUCGUUCCCAGCAUUUGCAACUCUGGUUUCAUAGGACAGUGGUCUGCUGACAUCACUGAACAUGCCCACAUCACGGAGAUCAAAGACCCCACCAGAUCAAGCAAUAACAACAAUUACAACACACAAAUUUGUUGA